AUAUUACCGUAUGUGACAUUUCCCUUCUCUGAAUUUCAUCAGACAAGCACAAACACUCAUGAGUAAUCUCAAACUUGGAGUAGAGGUGGUUGGUGCCCAUGACCUUCUGUCCAAAGAUGCGCAGGGCUCAUCCAGUCCCUUUGUGGAACUCCAUUUUGAUGGUCAGAGAUUCCGCACCACUACCAAAGUCAAUGACCCUAAUCCUGUUUGGAAUGAAAGUUUCUACUUCAACAUUUCUGAUCCAAACAACUUAUCCAACCUCAAUCUUGAAGCCUUUGUCUAUAACCAUAACAAAGCUACCAACUCCAAACCAUGCCUUGGAAAGGUUCGCCUCACUGGUACUUCAUUUGUCCCGUACUCUGAUGCAAUUGUUUUGCACUACCCUCUGGAGAAACGAACCAUAUUCUCUCGUGCAAAAGGAGAGCUUAGUUUGAAAGUAUUUGUUACUGAUGACCCUUCAAUUAGAGCCUCAAAUCCUCUUCCUGCAGUGGAAACAUCUAUGCAAGUGGAUUCACAGUCAAAGCAUUCUGAGAAAAGAGAGAAGAGACGCACAUUUCGUCAUCUCCCAACCAUCAGUGGUUCAAAACAGCAGCAGCAGCAACAAUUUUCCUCAGCACAAGUCCAGAAAACAGUAAAUUAUGGGGUUCAGGGGAUGAAAUCCAUACCACAGCAUUCAAGAAAUUUUCCCAUGUUCCCAGGUUUAUCAUCACAGCCACUAGAUUAUGCAUUGAAAGAGACCAGUCCCUUUCUUGGAGGGGGGCAGGUUGUUGGUGGACGUGUCAUAAGAGGAGACAGGCCAACCAGCACCUAUGAUCUUGUUGAGGAGAUGCAGUACCUUUUUGUGAGAGUUGUAAAGGCCCGAGACCUUCCUUCUAAAGGUGUGACAGGGAGCCUUGAUCCUUAUGUUGAGGUAAAAGUUGGGAACUACAAAGGAAUCACAAAGCACUAUGGGAAGACACAAGACCCUGAGUGGAAUGAGGUUUUUGCCUUUGCGAGAGACACGGUGCAGUCCUCUGUGCUGGAAGUUGUCGUCAAGGAUAAGAAUCUAUUGAAAGAUGAUUUUUCUGGGAUAUUGCGGUUUGAUCUCAAUGAGAUUCCCACAAGGGUUCCACCUGAUAGUCCAUUGGCUCCAGAAUGGCAUCGUCUAGAAGACAAGAAGGGAGAGAAAAAGCAUGGAGAAUUAAUGCUGGCUGUUUGGUAUGGCACACAAGCUGAUGAGGCAUUUCCUGAUGCCUGGCACUCAGAUGCUAUUGCUCCUGGUGAUACUUCAUUUGCCUCUGCACAUAUCCGGUCAAAAGUAUAUCAUUCUCCAAGAUUGUGGUAUGUCCGCGUUUCUGUGAUUGAGGCACAAGACUUGAUUACAGGAGACAAGAGCAAGUUUCCAGAUGCUUAUGUUAAGGUUCAGAUUGGUAGCCAGCUCUUAAAGACAAAAGUAGUUCAAACUCGUACUUUGAACCCAGUCUGGAAUGAGGAGUUGAUGUUUGUUGCUGCUGAACCUUUCGAAGAACAUCUGAUCCUUUCAGUUGAAGAUCGCUCUGGCUCCAACAAAGAUGAGGCAAUUGGGAGGGUUGUUAUACCAUUAAACACUGUUGAAAGGCGUGCUGAUGAUAAAAUUGUUCAUAGUCGUUGGUACCAUCUUGACAAGUCUUUGUCAGCUGCCAUGGAUGGAGAGAGUGCAAAGAAAGAUAAAUUCUCUAGCAGAAUCCAUGUUCGUGUCUGCCUCGAUGGAGGGUACCAUGUGCUUGACGAGUCAACACAUUACAGCAGUGAUCUCAGGCCAACUGCAAGGCAGCUCUGGAAGCCACCUGUUGGUAUUUUAGAGCUUGGAAUCCUGAAUGCUGAUGGACUUCAUCCUAUGAAAACAAGAGAUGGAAAAGGUACCUCAGAUACGUACUGUGUAGCUAAGUAUGGCCAAAAAUGGAUUCGAACUCGAACCAUUAUCAAUAGUCUGAGUCCAAAAUACAACGAGCAGUACACAUGGGAGGUCUACGAUCCGGCUACUGUUCUUACUGUUGGGGUGUUUGAUGACAGCCAGAUUGAUGGUUCAAGUGGUAACAAAGAAAUGAACAUUGGAAAGGUCAGGAUCCGUAUAUCUACUCUUGAAGCUGGUCGUGUUUAUACGCACUCUUAUCCACUGCUAGUCCUUAAUCGCUCUGGAGUCAAGAAGAUGGGUGAGCUACAUUUGGCGAUAAGAUUUUCAUAUACCUCAUGGACAAACACAAUGUUUCAAUAUUCACGGCCUCUUCUACCAAAGAUGCACUAUAUUAGGCCAUUGCCUGUGCUACAACAGGAUAUGCUGCGACACCAGGCUGUCAAUAUUGUGGCAGCACGGCUCAGUAGAGCAGAACCUCCUUUGAGGAAGGAAGUAGUUGAAUACAUGUCUGAUGCAAACUCUCAUCUCUGGAGCAUGAGGCGCAGCAAGGCUAACUUUUUCCGCCUGAUGUCUGUUUUCUCAGGAGUAUUUACUCUUGCUAAAUGGUUUGGGGAGGUAAGCAUGUGGAAAAACCCCAUCACAACAGGAUUGGUGCAUGUUCUCUUUGUCAUGCUUGUCUGUUUCCCAGAAUUGAUUUUACCAACAGUAUUUCUAUACAUGUUCGCGAUUGGGGUUUGGAAUUAUCGGUUUAGAGCAAGAUACCCUCCUCACAUGGAUACAAGAAUCUCUCAUGCAGAUAUGGUUCACCCUGAUGAACUUGAUGAGGAAUUUGACACUUUUCCUACUUCAAGAAGCUCAGAUAUUGUUCGGAUGAGGUAUGAUCGGUUAAGGAGUUUGGCUGGGAGGAUUCAAACUGUUGUUGGUGACAUGGCUACCCAGGGGGAAAGGGUUCUGGCACUAUUAAGCUGGCGGGAUCCUCGUGCUACAACUAUAUUUUUGGCACUCUGUCUUCUGGCCGCUGCUGUGUUGUAUGUAACUCCUUUCCAGGUGCUUGCACUUCUGGGUGGCUUUUACACUAUGAGACAUCCCAGGUUCCGUCACAGGACACCCCCAGCGGCAAUUAAUUUCUUCCGGCGCCUACCUGCCAGGACAGAUAGUAUGCUGUGAAGAUAAAGGUUUUGUGCAUCCAUGUUUGUAAAGCUUUGGUUUUUAUUUCUUUGUUGGCUGUUCCUUCAUCGUUGGUGAUUGAUGCUGAUACAAGUCUAUGUAUGCUUUGCAAUCAAGAUUAUAUAAGUUUAAUUUCAAGGAUCAAUUUUAGAUAG